CAGUAUGUUAUUUUGUGAUGCCUCGGUAACAACAACGCGAUACUUCUCUGCCUAUGAGUGCUUUGCAACUUUUUAAAAAAUGUCUUUAAAAAUGUCAAGCUGAUAGAUGACUACAGACUGUUUCGAGGCGAAAUUCAGACGCAACAGAGUCACUUGUAUAGAUUUAAAUUCUUUAACACGACCAGCAUGUUGCCUUGGAAGAAGAACAAGUUCGAGCUGAUCGAGGAAGACAAGCAGCAGUCCAAGCAGAAGGGCUAUGCGGUGAGCCUCAACUACUCCGCGCUCACCUCCUUCGCCAAAUCCUGCCCGGAGAGCGCGCUAAAUCGAGUCGGGAGCAUGUUCAAAUCCAAGAGGAAAAAGGUCAAGAUCACCAGCGAGGACCCCACGUACACGGUGCUGUACUUGGGCAACGCCACGACCAUCCAGUCCAAGGGAGACGGAUGCACGGACGUGGCCGUCAGCAAGAUCUGGGCCAAGAGCGAGAUGGGCAAGAACGGAACCAAGAUGAAGCUGACCGUCAGCUCGCAAGGCAUCCGUAUGGUGCACGUGGACGAGAAAACCAAGAGACCUGGACAUUUGUAUUUAUUGCACAGGAUCACAUACUGCGUCGCGGAUCCGCGCCUCCCCAAAAUCUUCGCCUGGGUGUACCGGCAUGAGAUGAAGCACAAGGCGGUGAUGCUGCGCUGCCACGCUGUGCUAGUGUCCAAGCCGGAGAAAGCGAAGGCGAUGGCGCUUCUCCUCUACCAGACCUCGGCGACAGCUCUGGCCGAGUUUAAAAGACUCAAAAGAAGGGACGACGCCAGACACCAGCAGCAACAGUUGAUAGGGGAACAAACCAUCCCUCUUGUCCCCCUGAGGAAGCUGCUUAACGGACAAUGUUACUACAAACCUCCCGUGGAGCGCAGCCGGAGCGCACCCAAACUGGGCUCCAUCACGGAGGACUUGAUGGGCGAAGAGGAAGAGGAGAAAGCCAUGCACUUCGAGUGCGAGGAUAUUUUGGACUCAGACAGUGACUGUAUGGCCAACGGCAAGCAGGAACUGUGCCAGAUUAUCAAUGAUUUAGGAUCCAUGAGUAUAGGGAACGAUGUGCAGACGCUGCGGGCAGACAUGCGUGUUACGCGCUUGCUGUCUGGAGAGAGCACGGGCAGCGAUUCCUCCAUAGAGAGUAACCCGGAGUCUGCGACUAUUCCCGAUGGCUGUGGGGAUGGAAAGAUGCAGGAAGUGGGCUGAUUUCGUUAGCUAACUGCUUUCAAGAAAACAAUAAUGACUUGGGAUAAAAAAGAGGGUUUGGGAAAAGUGCCACAUCCUUAUGACUUGAAAGCGCACUGUUUGGUGUGUGGAUUAAUAAAGCUAGGCAUCAUUUUAACUAUCAUGCAUACUAUCCUGUGUGGUUAGGUGGCUCGAUAGGAUACGUGUUCAGAAAAACCCAAAAUGAUGUCUAGGUAAGCACCUCAUUAGGUUUUGAGACUUUUUGGACACUUGCACAAUAAUCCCACAUAGCUGGGGCCUGAAAGGAAGCACCAGAGUUGCUCUGCGCAAUAAUAAGUCUCUGUUUAACCUGGUGUAAGAGAGUUUAGGAAAGAUCUUGUUUACCUAAUAUGUUUUUCUAAAGAAAAUGCUUUUAUAAACACCAGUCCUACUUUCACUACUUUUUUUUCUUUAUGGAUGGAUGAAUGCUAUCCACGUAUGUAAACAUGAUCCUUUCAGGAUGUUCUGUUUGUAUUUUUUUUUUUUUUUUACUUUGCACUGUGGUGGAACUCGGACAAGUAUUAUCUUAUUAUUUAUGUGCAUAAUAUUGUUUUCUAUAAAUGUUCUUACAAACAUAAAUGUUUAUCUUUGCUGUGCAAAAGAAAAAUGAUCCCAAUGUACAGAGAUGUGUAUAUAUAAAAUGCAUAAUGUGUAAACAAAAUGCAUUAUUUUUUAAAGAAUGUGGUUUGUUUCUGUGAAGACCAAUAAAAAGUAAAAUGGA